CAGACGAAGAAAGCAUCAUGAGGGAGACGCAGUCUUUCGUAUUCGUGGUGCUGGCACUACCCUGCUUUGCCUCUCAUGGUAACGAGGGCAGUCAUGGCGGGAGAUUUGAAAUUCCCGGGGAGAGUAGCAGUGGAACUGGAUUUCCCGCCUCAUCGGAAGAUGCGUAUGUGAUAACGCUGGCGGAAUGGAGGAAGAACGCUGCCAGACUUGAAUACCCUCUGUCGCUGGACGCCGGUUACUCUGUAGAAAGGGACUUCUCUGUAUCUGGAACAGGUAGUUACGACGCCUUUUCCGCUAGGUUCCCCAGUGGGAGUCAGUUUCCCAUCGCUGAUCACGCCAAGACUCCGGCAAGCACUGAAUACAAUAAUGCUCUGUCUACGAGUAACAGGUACAGUGCACUGUCUUCGAAUCCAGAAUCUGCUGCAGGACAGUCUAGAGGUAUGACAGAAAGCCCCUUUUCUGACAAAACAGCGUGGGACAGAAUAGACAGUGGCGUUACUUACUCUUCAGUGCCCCCUAGUCAUUUCCAUGUUGCUGCACCUCACAAAGAAAUCACAGAGGAAUUUACUCACGGUUUACUGGAAGAAAAUGAAGCUCUUAGGAGCCAUUACUCUCAACGGUCACCAAGCAGUGUCCAUGCAGAGAAUGGGGGCGUUCCCUUCGAUGGUAGCAUCUCUGGUGGAAUGCUCGAUAAUGGUAGAUUUGUCAGCGCAGUCAACUCAGCCCCGUCCGGGAAUGUUGUUUACUUCUUACCAUCCUUAGAUUCUGGCCGUGUUUCGCAAUCUAAAAGAAGUGUUUUUGGUAGUGUAUCCGACAGAUUAUCUGGAGCGAGUGGGUUUUCGAGUGGCGGCCACUCUUCUCCUACUAUUGGCAAUCAUCUUACACCAUCCAUCAGAAGUAUACAUUCAAAGCCAACAGUGAACAGUGGUCAAUUUAUUCCGACUGAAUUUGAUGCUGGCAAAUUCACCGGUGGAGCACUUGAUGUAGGAAGAUACGUGAGUAGCAAGCACCCAGGUUCAGCUUCAAGACAUGAACAUUCUGUGGAACAUAAUCAAUUCACCACUGGUUCAAGUUACUCGACCCCAGCCACAGACAAACAAUAUAUUGCACAAGCUACCGGUCCUGUUUUUGCGUCGCCAUCUGGAAGGAGUAUUAUUGGUAACGGAAUCGUUGGAAAACACCAUAACCCAACUUAUUCGACGUCAUCUAUCCAGAUGGGGAAUUCAAGAAUGUUCAAGAUGAGCGUUGGCGGUGAAUCUGAAAUUGGCGAUUCUGUGAAAAACAGUGUCUUGAACCCAUUUGUGCAUAAUGAAUAUUCAUCACCAUCUGCCACUAACGGUGUAACUUUUCCCCCCCGAGAGAUUAAUGCGAGUGGGUUAAAGGGUGGUGCCUAUAAGGGAAAUCAAGCCUCUGGACAAAGCAGUGUUUCUCCAUCGAUGAAUGUUGGUUACUCUGCGCCACUGGCAUCCACAGGCCACUCACUAUUUUUUGUAAAAGGUAUCAGUGAGGGAUCUCCCUUUGCCAUGUCAAAAGGGCGUGAGGUUGGUGGUGAUUAUCCUGCACAAGGAACCUGGGGACAGACGAGUCUCUCUCACGGAAAUCCUUCUAGAGGGACAAAUAUAGACGCUAGUGGUGGACGCCUGCACAUUGGCGAUGGACGCUCAUUUACUGUUACUGGUGGAUAUUCGGUGUCACCUGCCGGACGCGGCGGUUUGAAGUCAAACAGCGGUUCAUCACAUGGUCGGAGUUACAAUUCUUCAACUACCGUUGUCCCUGGGUCUUUAAUCUCGAGUUCAAGGGAAACGUACAUCGGAAAUGGACACAUCAUUUACGGAAAAUAGCGAUGUCUUAUAAACCUGCAAAGCAGCCAUAGCUUAAAUUGCUCUCUUCAGCAUAUUUAUUAAUCUAUUUAUUUGUUGUUUUGGUUGAUAUAUGACGUAUGGGUGAAUCCCUGUUCUUGUAUUCGUUGUUUGUACUGUAAAUAACCCCUGCCUAUCUUUUGUAUAUAAACUGACGUUCUUUUAAGUGAUGUACGAGUAUGUGGAAAAUUUCCAUCAUUUCAAGUUUUAUAGUAUUGGGACAGGUUC